AUGCGGCCAGCGGUGAUUUUGCUUGCGCUCGCCCUCGCGCUGGCGUGCGUGGGGGCGCUGCCUGGGGCCGCGGCACGGCGCUUGACCGGCAAAGAACGCACCUACGAGGUUGGAGACCCGGUGCCGCUUCUAGCGAACAAGAUUGGGCCUUUCUCGAAUCCGAGCGAGACGUACCGGUACUACGACCUGCCGUUCUGCCAGCCCGAGAAGCUGGAGAAGCAGAAGGGCGGGCUCGGCGACGCGAUGGACGCGAACCGGAUGACGAACACGCCGUACGAGAUCAAGUUCCGCGAGGACGUGGACAGCGCCACGCUGUGCACGGCCAAGCUCGACAAGAAGGCGGUCGGGAAGCUGCUCAAGGCGGUCGAGGCGGAGUACUACUUCAACAUGUACUUCGACGACCUCCCGCUCUGGGGCUUCAUCGGCAAGACGGAGCAGGACACGCACGCGAGCACGGCGGACUACAAGCGCCUGCUGCACACGCACCUGCCGCUGGAGGUGGCGUACAACGAGGACCGCGUGAUCGAGGUGCACGUCGCGCACGACGCGAGCGAGGCCGACGACGUGGUCGACAUCACCGACGGCGAGCCGCGCGAGGUGACGUUUACGUACAGCGUGGCGUGGAAGCCGACGACGAUCCCGUACGCGCAGCGCAUGGACAAGUACGCGCGGUACAGCUUCCUCCCGCAGCACAUGGAGAUCCACUGGUUCUCCAUCGUCAACUCGUGCGUCACCGUCCUCCUCCUGACCGGCUUCCUGGCCACCAUCCUCCUGCGCGUGCUGCGCAAGGACGUCAUCAAGUACCAGGGCGACGAGGAGGCGCUCGACGACGCGGAGGAGACGGGGUGGAAGUACGUCCACGCCGACGUGUUCCGGUUCCCGCGCCGCCGCGGCCUGUUCUGCGCGCUGGUCGGCACGGGCUACCAGCUGCUGCUGCUGUCCGUGCUGCUGUUCGCGCUCGCGCUCGCGGGGCAGUUCUACCCGCACAACCGCGGCGCGAUCAUGGUCGCGCUCGUCCUGCUCUACGCGUUCACCGCGUGGGUGUCGGGCUACGCGUCGGGCAUGUACUUCCGCCAGAUGGGCGGCGGGAACUGGGUGCGCAACACGCUGGUGACCUGCGCGGUGCUCGCGGGGCCGUUCUUCGCGACGUUCUGCUGGAACAACACCGUCGCGAUCGCGUACCGCUCGACCGCCGCGCUGCCCCUCAGCACCAUCGCGCUGCUGUUCUUCAUCUGGGGCGCGGUGACGGUGCCGCUGACCAUCGCGGGCGCCAUCGUGGGGAAGAACUCGCGGUCGACCUUCGCGGCGCCCGUGCGCACGAACAAGUACCCGCGCGAGACGCCCGACCUCACGUGGUUCCGCUCCACCCCCGCCCAAAUGGUCAUGGCGGGCUUCCUGCCCUUCAGCGCCAUCUACAUCGAGCUGUACUACAUCUUCGCCAGCGUGUGGGGCCACAAGGUGUACACCAUCUACUCCAUCCUCGCCGUCGUGUACUGCAUCCUCGUGCUCGUCACGGCGUUCAUCACCGUGGCGCUGACCUACUUCCAGCUCGCCGCGGAGGACCACCGCUGGUGGUGGCGCUCGUUCCUCUGCGGCGGCUCCACGGGCGUGUUCGUGUACGCGUACUGCUUCUACUACUACUUCUUCCGCGCGGACAUGUCGGGCAUGCUGCAGACCAGCUUCUACUUUGGGUACAUGGCGUGCAUCUGCUACGCCUUCUUCCUCAUGCUCGGGACCGUCGGGUGGCGCGCCUCGCUCGCCUUCGUGCGGUACAUCUACGGCAGCGUGAAGUGCGAGUAG